AUGGUUGGUGGUUUCACCCAGAGCGAGCUCGAGGCCAUUAGUGCCGUCGAGAGAGCCUGUUCCGUCUUGUCACUCCUGGGCUGCCUCUUCACCAUUGGCACCUUUUCCUAUUCACGAUCGUUUCACAAGCCAAUCAACCGACUUGUAUUCUACGCCUCCUUUGGCAACAUGUUGACGAAUAUCGGAACCCUCAUGUCACGCUCAUACCUGCCACACAUUAAUUCAUUUGGAUGCCAGUUCCAAGGCUUCCUGAUUCAACUAAUAUCCACAAGUCUUGUAUCCGUGUGCCUGACUGACGUUCUUUUUCAACCCCCCCCCCGCAACCACAGAUUCAUGCCCGCAGAUGCCUUUUGGACCUUGGCCAUGGCCAUCAACGUCUAUCUCACCUUCUACUUCAAGUUUGACGCCGAACGCCUUCGACGCAUGGAGAUCCCCUACUUGAUCGGCUGCUACGGCGUCCCACUCGUGCCCGCCUUUGUCUUCCUCUUCGUCAAGAAUCAGAACGGAGCCCGUAUUUACGGAAACGCCUCGCUGUGGUGCUGGAUCGCGCCCGACUGGGAUGUGCUCCGAAUCGCCGCCUUCUACGGCCCCGUCUGGAUUGUGAUAUUCAUCACCUUCUUCAUCUACAUCCGGGCAGGACGUACCAUUUACGAGAAGCGCAAGCAGCUCCGCGAUUUUCACUCGUCGGACCACGAUCCUCUCUCCAUCAACGGCGACGCCAUCUCCACCAUGAAGACGACGGAGAUUACAGUCACGCGCGAGGUGCUGGCCGAAGACAGGGGCAUCCAGCUCGCCAGCAUGAACCGGAACUCCAAUCCAGGGCCAAGCGCCAGGGGUCCCGGCGGAGCCUACUCAGUACACAUCUCGGCCGACUCGAACCACACCGCCGAGAGCGGCGACGAGGGGGCGCCGCCGGUGCCGGUGCCGGCGCCGGCGCCGGUGCGAGGACAGACACUUCAUCACACGUCCACGGUGCAGGUGGCCCCCCCCAGGGCAGUCACCGUGGCGCGUCGACGCAACCACGAGCUGAACAACGCGGCCUGGUCGUACACCAAGUGCUCGAUCCUCUUCUUCACAGCCAUUCUCAUCACGUGGAUCCCGUCGAGCGCGAACCGGGUCUACUCGCUGGUCAACGACAAGAGCGUCUCUGUUCCGCUGGAGUUUAUGAGCGCCUUUGUGCUCCCGCUCCAGGGGUUCUGGAACGCCGUCAUCUACGCCGUCACAUCGUGGUCGGCGUGCCGGGAGCUCUUUGACGACCUGAUAUGCAAGAGGAGAGCGGGCGUGUCCGGGCCAGUCGACGCGGGGAGCGGCCGCGACAAGAUGCACGACGGGACCCUGCGCAGCCGGACCGCGUUCAGAUCGCCGCCCGGCAGCUCCCGGACCUUUGCGUCCGACAGCACGACGGAGCUGGCCAAGGCUCGGACUCACUCAGCUGACGGCAGCCAUCACUGCUGA